CCGCGGUCUAGGUCUGCCAGUUGCCCCAUAAGAAGACGGCUGCUCAUGCUCGCAGCUGCUCUCCCCAACCCGGACUUGCUCGCUGCUCAAGCUGCUCACCUUUGCUGGACCUGUGGACCCCUGAUAGACGGACACGAUGCGUUUCUCCUCCCUUCCUCCCUCCUCGCUGCUGGCUGCACUGUUCCUUGCAAGCUCGGCUAUCGCUACGCCGCUGCCCGAGGUGCCCGAGCGCUUCCCGCAUGCCAUUCUCGCUCGCGCACCCGUACCGCCACAGGAGGACCCCUUCUACGCCAAGCCGAGCGACGACCAAUUUGCACGGCGGCCUGCAGGCGCCAUCAUCCGGCAGCGCAGCGCCACGCCGGGCCAGUUCACGAUCCUGCCCCAGAACCUCGCAAGCGCCGAGCAGGUGAUCUACAAGACCAUUGACCUGCAGGGCAACCCCGAGGUCAACGCCCUCACGGUGUUCAUGCCAAAGAAGACGGACCUGAACGCCGACGGCCUGCCAAAGACGCUGGUCUACCAGGUGGCGGAGGACUCACCAAACUCCAACUGCGCUCCGAGCAUUCAGCUGCAGAAGGGCGGCAGCGGCAAUCUGGUCAUUCAGCUCGAGUCGAUCUUUAUCAAUGCUGCGUUGGCAAAGAACUGGAUCGUCGUUGUUCCGGACUACCAGGGCCCACGCUCAGGCUUCACAGCGGGCAAGCUCGCAGGCACAGGCGUGCUCGACGCUGCUCGCGCCACUCUGCGCGUCAGCAGUAUCGUUGAGCCCUCGCGUGCUGGACGUCUGCCGCUGGCCCUCAUGGGCUACUCGGGUGGCGCACUGGCCUCCGGCUGGGCGCUGCAGCAGCAGAAGGAGUACGCGCCCGAGCUUUCCUCUAACCUCGUCGCGGCGGCGCUCGGAGGCCUGCCUGUCAAUGUCGAGGACAUCCUGCUCAAGCUCAAUGGCGGACCCAUGGCUGGGCUCGUCGUGUCCGGCCUCGCAGGACAGUACAAUGUGCGCCCCGAGCUGCAGGAGUUCUUCACGGACCACCUCAACGCCGACGGCUUCUCGCGACUGCGCGAGGCCAACGGCACCUGCCUGCCGCAGAUCAUCCUCGCCAACGGCGGCGUCGACUUUGUCUCCAAGUUAGACAUGACGCAGGAGGAGCUGCUGCGCGAGCCCGUCGUGCGCAAGACGCUGGACGAGUCCUUCCUCGGCGUCGGCGCCGGCGUGCUUCCCAUUCCCGUAUACGCCUAUCACGCGACCAACGACGACGUGGUUGGCACGGAGUUCGCGGACAAGUACUACGCCGACCAGAUCAGCCGCGGCGCCACGAUUACCUACGACCGCGAAAUCGUCUCGGAGCACCUGCUUGCCUUCGUCACAGGCUUCGGCAGCGCGAUCCAGUACCUCGAGGCACGCUUCGCCGGCGUUGCGGCGCCGCCGAGCUCGACGCAGACGCGCCUGCUCAAUCUGCUCCAACCCACGGCGAUCGCACAGCUCGGCCCCACUGUGCUGGCCCAGAUCCAGGCCCUGCUCGGCAUUCCGAGCGGCUCGCUCUUCUCGUCCAACGCAUGAGCCUGACGACCCUCGACGACACGACUCCGGCCCACCGGACGCUGCGCG